AUGUCAUCCUAUCAGAAGGAACUGGAGAAGUAUAGGGACAUUGAUGAAGAUGAGAUCCUGAGAAGCCUGAGCCCUGAGGAGCUAGAACAGCUGGACUAUGAGCUACAGGAAAUGGACCCCGAGAACAUGCUCCUGCCAGCCGGGCUAAGGCAGCGUGACCAGACAAAGAAGAGCCCCACGGGGCCCCUGGACCGGGAAGCCUUGAUGCAGCACCUGGAACGGCAGGCCCUGGAGACUAAGGAGCGAGAUGACCUGGUGCCCUUCACAGGAGAGAAGAAGGGGAAACCAUUUAUCCAACCCAAGAGGGAGAUCCCUGUGGAAGAACAGAUCACUUUGGAACCCGAGUUGGAGGAGGCUUUGGCCAAGGCCACAGAUGCUGAAAUGUGUGACAUUGCAGCCAUUCUGGGCAUGUACACAUUGAUGAGUAACAAACAAUACUACGAUGCCAUCUGCAGUGGAGAAAUCUGCAACACUGAAGGCAUUACCAGUGUGGUGCAGCCUGACAAAUAUAAGCCAGUACCAGAUGAACCACCAAACCCUACGGACAUCGAGGAGACAUUGAAGAGAGUUCAGAACAAUGACCAGGAGCUAGAGGAGGUGAACCUCAACAAUAUGCAGGACAUCACAGCCUCCACUAUUAUCGAGCUGUGCCAGGCCAUGAAGGGGAAUACUCACGUUCGGAGCUUCAGCCUAGUAGCUACACGAAGUGGUGACCCCGUAGCCAAUGCUAUAGCUGAGAUGCUGCGGGAGAACAGGAGCCUUAAAAGCCUCAAUAUUGAGUCGAACUUCAUCAGCAGUACAGGGUUCAUGGCUGUGCUAAAGGCCGUUCGAGAGAAUGCCACACUUACCGAGCUAAGGAUGGAUAACCAGCGUCACUGGCCAGGGGAUGCUGUAGAGAUGGAGAUGGCUGCCAUGCUGGAGCAUUGUCCAGCCAUAGUUCGAUUUGGCUACCACUUCACACAGCAAGGACCUCGGGCUCGGGCAGCUCGAGCAGUGACCCGGAACAAUGAAUUACGUCGGCAGCAGAAGAAGACAUAAUGCUGCCCUUCCCUACUGUUUUAAGCUAGGACCCCUGGAUGCUGG